AUGGCUGCUGCUCGACCAAUAGCUCCUGGGAGGCUCUUGCAUUUGCUAAGUCAGACCAGGCAAAUCCAAAACGUUCAAGACAGACAUGUCAUAUUGAUGGCCUUACUCAUCCGUAGACGUCAAAGACAUGCAAGGCAAAGAAGAAGAUGGUGGGUCAAACCCUGGAUUGAGAGACGUGUGCUGUUUGGACAGUAUGAUAAUCUGAUGACGGAGUUGCAGGGUGACUUCCUAAACUACAUGAGGAUGCCAGCAGAAACAUUCCUUGUACUGUUGCAGCGCAUCACUCCGAGGAUAGAGAAGUCCUAUCGCUACCGACAACCACUGGAUCCUGGACUCAAACUGGCCAUCACCUUGAGAUAUCUUGCGACCGGCAACAGCUACAAAACCCUGCAGUAUGCCUUCCGUGUUGCCCAUAAUACCAUCUCUCUGUUUAUACCAGAGGUGUGCCUGGCCAUCAUCAGUGAAUACCAAGAUGAAGUAUUUUCCUGUCCAAUUACCACAGAUGAAUGGAGCGAAGUGGCCCAGACUUACGCUGACACAUGGAACUUUCAUCAUGUCUGCGGAGCCUUGGACGGAAAACACAUUGCCAUCAGAAAUCCACCAGGCUCUGGUACGAUCUACUACAACUACAAGGGUUUCUACAGCCUCACCCUCUUGGCCCUAGUUGAUGGCAAUUACGAGUUCCUCUGGGCUGACGUUGGUAAUCCCGGUUCAUCAUUGGAUGCCCAGGUCUUCAACCACAGCCCGCUGAGACAUGGACUGGAGAAUGGUACUCUUGGCCUGCCAGAUCCAGAUCCCCUGCCGGAUGAUGACCGAGACACCCCUUACUUCUUAAUUGGGGACGACGUCUUCCCUCUCAGGACAUGGAUGCAGAAGCCGUACUCCAACCGUGAGCAGACCGACGAGGAGAGAAUCUUCAACUACCGUCUCUCGAGGGCUCGCCGUGUGGUGGAGAACAGCUUUGGCAUCCUUGCCCAUCGCUGGAGAUGCUUGUUGAGUACCCUACAGCUUGAUCCAGAAAAAGCCAGGACAGUCAUUAUGGCCUGCAUGUGCCUCCACAACCUAAUGAGAGAUCGUUUUCCUGGGCUUCAGAACAUUGACGUUGACCAUGAAGAUGAGUUGGGCAACCACAUCCCUGGGGCAUGGAGAAACGCAGCAGUUCUGCAGGAUGUUGAACGAGUUGGCGGAGGCUACCAGGCAAACAAAGAGGGCAAGAAGCUGAGAACUUACCUGAAGCACUACUACAACAGUCCAGUUGGAAGCCUGCCCUGGCAACAACACAUGAUAUAG